UAGAUCUUGUUUUCACUCUUAUAAACAUGAGAACCGUAUGUAUGGCGGUUGCACAGACAAGCCACAAGAUGUCAACCCAGAGUAACCUGAUCGGGGCAAAUUUUGACAGAGAUUUAUUGCAAAAAGGAUAUAAAGAGCAUUUGCAAGGUGUUUAGAAAAGCAGAAUUAGUUUCGUUGUUCAAAGAAGACAAAGAAGAACGCAGCAACAAAAACAAUAAGAAGAAGAACCUGAGAUUUAGAGUUUGUUAAUCUUGAAGGAUGGGGCAUGCUAACUACAUAGGGAAGUACAAUCUUGGACGAACAAUCGGAGAGGGUACUUUUGCGAAGGUGAAGCUCGGAGUAGACACCACGAAUGGACAACAUGUUGCAAUCAAGAUCAUUGAUAAACAUAUGGUCUUGGAAACUGAUCUCAAGUGUCAGGUACAAAGAGAGAUAACCACAAUGAAGCUUUUGCAUCAUCCCAAUAUUGUUCGUAUAUAUGAGGUAAUUGGCACAAAGAAGAAGAUUUAUAUAGUAAUGGAAUAUGUAUCAGGAGGACAACUCUCAGACAAGUUGUCUUAUGUCAAGAAGCUGAAUGAACCAGAGGCAAGAAAAAUUUUCCAACAGCUGAUUGAUGCAGUUGACUAUUGCCAUAACAGAGGAGUUUAUCAUAGAGAUCUAAAGCCAGAUAACUUGCUUCUGGAGAGUCAAGGAAAUCUCAAAGUAUCUGAUUUUGGACUUAGUGCAUUGCGGAAGCCAGGAGACAUACUAACAACAGCCUGUGGCUCCCCAUGCUAUGUAGCACCGGAGCUGCUCGCAAACAAGGGUUAUGAUGGAGCAGCUGCUGAUGUUUGGUCAUGUGGAGUAAUCCUUUUUGAACUACUAGCUGGUUAUCUACCAUUUGAUGAUCGGAACUUAAUGGUUCUGUAUAGAAAGAUAGCCAGAGCAGAAUACAAAUUUCCUCGUUGGUUUACAGAGGGUCAAAAGAAUCUAAUCUCAAGGAUACUAAAUCCAAAUCCAAAGAUGCGAAUAACAUUGCUAGAGAUCACUGAAGAUUCAUGGUUUCAAACGGAUUAUGAACCUUCUUGUGGAUAUCAAUCAGAUGAUAAAAUCUACUUGGAUGACGUUAAUGCUGCUUUUGAUUCAAUUGAGGAGAAUGAUUCAGAGUCUAAGAUGCCCAAAUCACCAAGCUUUAUAAACGCUUUUCAGUUGAUAGCGAUGUCACAUGAUCUAGAUUUAUCAGGUCUCUUUGAAGGACAGGAUGACAUGAAGACAACAACAAGGCUUGGGUCUAAGCUUCCAGUCACAGAAACCUUUAAAAAAAUAGAGGCUGCAGCAAUGGAUGUUAGUCUGUCAAUUGAGAGGAUGAACAAAUUCAAGAUAAAAAUGCAUCCGAAACUGGACCAGAAGAUGACUAGGUGUUCAAGAUCAUAUUAUGACCUAUCAGCAGAGGUUAUUGAGGUUGCUCCAACUAAUUGUGUCAUAGAAAUAUCAAAAUCUGCCGGAGAGUUAAGAGUUUACAAAGAGUUCUGCAAAAGUUUAUCGAGUCUGCUAACAGAGAAUUCUGAUGCAUCACCUCAAGUGCAAGAUUCUAAGGAAGUCCGUGUCACCAGCAGAAGUACACAGAACAUAGAAUGCUCUGAAGACAAAAACUAUGUACACAAUAAAGACAACCGAGGUUAUUCAUCGUCUUAAGGGUGGUACCACCUAUGCUGGCAUCCAAACAAAGUCAACAAAAUCUCACAAGACUACUAGCUCACUUCAGAUGUAUUUCUCGUCAUUCUUUUUCACCUUCCUUCUCCAAGAUGUAAAUUACAGAUUGAAGUUUUUCUUUUUUUUUUUUUUUUCGCUGAAAAAUAAAUGAUAUGUAAAGAGAUACCAAAAGUAUCUCACUUCAAAAACUGUUUCAGCAUAUUUUGUUUUCCUGUUUCAGCACAUUUUCCCUUUUGUGUAUAGUAUGUAUUCAUUAUGAGGAAAGGAAUAUUUCCUGGCAGUCAGACAGAAAUAGAAUUUAUUUGCUUUUUCUCUAAA